AGAAGUUUGCGAGCGAGUGCAACAUGUACAAGUACCUGGCCGUCCUACUGCUGGCCGCUGCUGUCGUUCAGGCCGCCAAGCCUGAGGAUGGCGAAUCCUGCUACUCCUUCGCCGGUGGCUCUGUGUAUCCCGCAGAGGAGCCAAAGGGUGAUCAUCAGCUGCAGUACACCAAGGCAGUCAUUUCGAAGCCAGCUCCUGCUUUCGAGGGCACUGCUGUGGUGAACAAGGAGAUUGUGAAGCUAUCGCUCUCCCAGUACCUGGGCAAAUACGUAGUCCUGCUCUUCUAUCCAUUGGAUUUCACUUUUGUGUGUCCCACGGAAAUCAUUGCCUUCUCGGAUCGCAUUGCGGAGUUCCGCAAGAUCAAGACCGAGGUGAUUGCGGCCAGCGUGGACUCUCACUUCACUCACCUCGCCUGGAUCAACACGCCACGUAAGGAGGGCGGCCUGGGCGACGUUAAGAUUCCGCUGCUGUCCGAUUUGACGCACAAAAUUAGCAAGGACUAUGGCGUCUAUCUGGAGUCGAGUGGUCAUGCGUUGCGCGGUCUCUUUAUAAUUGAUCAGGCGGGCGUGCUUCGUCAGAUCACAAUGAACGAUCUGCCCGUGGGCCGCUCGGUGGAUGAGACCAUACGACUGGUGCAGGCUUUCCAGUACACCGAUACCCACGGCGAGGUUUGUCCAGCUGGUUGGCGACCAGGCGCCGAUACGAUUGUGCCCAAUCCAGAGGAGAAGACCAAGUACUUUGCUAAGAAUAAUUGAGUGUAGAUCAACGUUCAAGAUCUCUUCAUUCCUUCCAACCAUGCCCGAGCCCAGUUACAUUCCGAAUGUUCACGACUGACCACCGCAAUCAUCGAACAAUAGACAGUCCCACACCUGCCCAAGCGUCUCGCGAGUCCUCUGUACAUAUGGCAACGGCUCAGCCCGCGUUUUGUUCUUUUGUAUAAAACAUAUUUUGUUUAUUUUACAGAUUCAUACAGCAUAACUGAGAGAUAAAUAAAAUGAUGAAGUACA